AUGGAGAGUAACCACAUCUACACGAUGCUGCAGCAGCAACAGGCGGUAGCCGUGGCCGCGGCUCAGUUGGAGCAAGCGUAUAACCAGACCUGCUACAUGCUGCAGCAGUGCUCGCAUAAUGCGCUUCUCACGGUUCUCAUGUCGCUGCUGACUGACUACCCCACUACCCUAGUCCAGCCAAUCCGCAUGCGAGUGGAGCAGGUGUUGGCACAUCAGAUGUCUCCGGCCGCCCCGGGACGUGUGAUGGUGUCAGGACGAAGGGUAAGUGACUUCGUGCCGAACAGCAGCGCCGCGCCGUGGACACCGUCAAGCAUGCGUGGCAGCGCCGCCCCAACCCCCACGGCGAACAGCACCACCCCCAGUCACCGUCGCGGUAGGGGCCACAAAGGUAAAGAGGAGGAGCAGGAAAUGUGCAGCAUACACAACAACUUGCGGGCGAUUAAGCACCUCCAGCUAAAUGUCUCCACGGGACUGUACGAGUGCAUCCACGGCUUUCACUGCCUUGUGGACGGUCCGGCUGGCGCAUCUCCAAAGCGGGCAACCACAACCCUUGCGGUGUCUCCAUCAGUUCCUAUCUCCCGCACCAACGACCCCACUUCGCCUGUCGAAAGCCAACCGUUCGUCUCACCCCCUACCGUCGUCGCCCCGGCUUCUGCGGAGUCGCGCUUCAGCGUGUCGGAGGUUGAGGCACUGCGGAUGUUGGGGUACUCUCUUCCGAACACCAGCCCCGACCAACCUCAGCCACACCUCGCCUAUGAUUCGUCUCGCCCACAGUCAACACUGCAGCAGUCCCACCAGCAGUUUUCGCACACAUCGCUGCACAGCUCAGGCCUCGGCCUUAGUGGCCCCAGCCCCCACGACCCCGAGAGCGCACAGCUCGGCAAUGGGGGCGGGUUCACGGUGAUCAGCGGCGAUCGGUCCAGCACUGGUACCUCGCCACUCGACCCUCGGCUUAACAUGGACAUACCCUCACUCGAGUACCUCCUGCAGAGCGUGCGCGAUAUCGAUGAUGACUAG